AUGCUGGAAACCUCGAGACGGAAGUCGUUGGCAUGGUUGAACGGGACUUACGUAUAUGGCAGACUCCCAUUAUUGCACAUUAUCCUUUUUAUUGUCGAGUUAGUAAUGACGGCCCGACUUAUCGCCAAAUUCAAUUCCUACUAUGCCCAGAAACCCGUGCUAACCACGAUGAUCACGAAUGCGAUACUUGGUGGCAUUGCAGAUACGGUUGCACAAUCAAUAACGGCAUUUCGAAAGAGACAGGCCAUGCUACCGACCGCUGCUGAUUCGAGAUACAUCAUCUCCUCCGGUGUUGAACUCGAAGACCUCAACGAAAAACCCGCAAGAUUGUCGCCUGGCCUCUCCCCCCGCAGCAACGGGCCUCAACCCUUCGAUUUCGAACGCUUGACUCGAUUCAUGUCCUACGGCUUCUUGAUGGCCCCGAUCCAAUUUCUUUGGUUUGGUCGUCUCACGAAAUGGUUCCCCAUUACCCCGAAAAGUGGCACUGUUCCAGCACUUAAGAGAGUGGCCAUGGAUCAAUUGAUAUUUGCACCGUUUGGUCUCUGUUGCUUCUUCACGUUCAUGACCGUGGCCGAAGGAGGUGGAAGAAAGGAGGUUGUGACCAAGUUCAAGGAUGUUUAUCUGCCCACUUUGAGGGCGAACUAUAUUCUUUGGCCAGCAGUACAGAUCCUCAACUUCCGGGUCAUGCCCCUCCAGUUUCAGAUCCCAUUCGUGAGCACCGUGGGAAUUGCGUGGACAGCCUACCUCAGCUUGACUAAUUCGAGCGAGGAUGAAGCACAAAGUCUUCAGUGA